AUGUCUACGCUUCGCCCGUCCCAAUCGACUCGGCCAAUGACAUUGCGCUCGUUUCAGUCUAAAGCUCCCACAGCUCGCAAGUUCGCCUCACAAAUACGCCCAAUAACAACAACGCCAACGACAAACGCUGCGCUUGACCCGCGAUGGCUGACGAUUCUAAAGCGGAGAGUUGGAAAAUGCCUCAUGUUCGGCCUGAAACCCGCGCAGGUUGAUGAGGCGGGAAGGAUUCUACAGCGCCUGGCAAAGGACUGGCGGGAAUUGACUGCUGGGAGUGAAGGGUUCCUGACGAGCCACAUCAAUAAUGUGGCAUACGCUCGAUACGCCGAAACAGCGCGGGUCAACCUGAUGCAUAACUACGCAAUGCAUAUCGACCCUGCGCAUCAAACCGAAUGGUUAAAUACAGUUGGAAACAAGGGCAUAGGCUUGAUUCUGCAGGGUAUCAACAUAAACUACAAGUUUCCCAUGACGUGGCCCGACAAGAUCACCGUCUACCACCGACUCACCCAAGACCCCUCGGAGACUCUGGCGAAAUCCUUCUUCCAGCAAGAAGUCCUGAUCUUAUCGGAGUCCAAACAGCGGCCGGCGGCGCGAGUGCUGGAACAGAACUUCCUCUUCGACUAUAGGAAACUGAGCAAAACAGGCACGGCGCCGGAAUUCAUAUCGGACCAGUUCAGAAGAACAUGGCAGAUGCAAGAAGAGAGCAAGACCGAGUGGCAGCAACAAGUCGCGGACGUGGAGAAUGCGGUGCGCCGGCUCGAGCUGGACAGCUGGGACAACCCAGAUGCUGUUGAGGAUAUGGGAUCAGCUGGACGGCGAUAA